AUGGCUGACGACGACCUUGAGCUCAAUCUCGGCAAGAAGAAAAAGACUAAAAAAGUAAUCAAACUCGAUGACGAUGAACCGGCACCGACGGCUGAAGCUGUAGCAGAUGACUUAGGAAUCGGUAUUGGAGUCUCAAACCUUAUUGAUGCUCAACGACCCUGGCCUGAUUAUUCAUAUGAUGAAUGUUUAACCAUUGUUUUCAAUAUCAUGCGUGAGAAAAACCCGGAACUUUCCGGGGAAAAGAAGAAGUUUGCCAUGAAACCGCCAGAGGUUGCCCGAGCAGGGAAGUAA